AUGUGGGCCCCCACAGGUGCAGCUGGAUUUCUGGCACUUGCAAUCUCUAUUUCCCCUGCACUAUCAGCUCCAGUUGACGACGAAUUUGAGAUUGCACCGACACCUAUGAAUUACGUGAAUGUCUCUUCCAAGACCAUCUAUGUCCCUCCAAGCGAUUACAACUCUCCGAAAACUCUCUAUGGUCGUACCAUCCAGCUCCAUGAUGGAACGUUACUUGCAACGUGGGAAAACUACUCUCCUGAACCACCACUUGUGUAUUUUCCUAUCUACAAGAGCAGGGAUGCCGGAGUAACCUGGACCCCGUUCUCCAACGUCACCGACCAAGUGAAUGGAUGGGGUCUGCGAUUCCAACCUUUUCUUUACGUCUUGCCCAAGGAUAUCGGAACGCUCACCGAAGGAACCAUCCUUCUCGCCGGAAACUCUGUUCCAACUGAUCUCAGUGCUACUAAGAUCGAUAUCUACGCCUCGACAGACGACGGCAGCUCCUGGAGCUUUGUUUCCUCUGUCGCAAGCGGUGGAAAGGCCAAGCCAACCAACGGCGAGACGCCUGUAUGGGAGCCGUUCCUGAUGGUAUACGAAAACCAACUUGUUAUAUACUACUCUGAUCAAUCGGACCCAGCUCACGGACAGAAGCUCUGCCAUAAAGUUUCCUCGGACGGGGUGGAAUGGGGCAGUGCUGUUAACGACGUUGCCUAUCCUGAAUACUCCAGACGCCCGGGCAUGGCGACCAUCGCUAAACUUCCGAACGGGCAGUUCAUUUUGACCUACGAGAACGGUGGUGGGGAAAGUCCCAGCGGUAAACCUUUCCCGGUCUACUACCGCCUCAGCUCCAGCCCUCUGACUUUCAACUCCGCUCCCGAAUAUAUACUCAAGGCAGGAAGCACCUAUCCAACAUCUUCCCCGACGGUAGCAUGGAGUUCUGCUGGAGGACCCCAUGGUACGAUUGUGGUGAGUGCAAAUAGCAAUAAAGAGAUCUUCCUCAAUAGGAAUCUGGGUGCCGAAUCCGAGUGGGUGGAAUUCGCGACACCUCAGCACGCGGCCUACAGCCGUGAAGUGAGAGUUCUAAACGAUCCUACAAUGCUCCACAUCAUCAGUGCUGGAAAUCAGGGAGGUGACAACUAUGUUACAAACAGUGUAUUUAGGCUGCCAAAUACGGAGGAAGACCCUUAG